CACUGCGAGACGUGAACAGAACGAUGAGUCUGACAUCGGUCGGUGACAGUUCGGAUGAAGAUGACGAGAUCUUCGAGCUACCCGAAAUUCAACCCGCAUUCGUUUCCUCUCACAAGAAUAUUGACGAAUUCAAACAUGAGAUCCUCCAAGGGGACAAUGGAAUGCUCAAGGUGUGCAGUGGUGAGAUUCUGACGGUAAGGAUACCUACGAGCGAUGAUGGUCGCUUCAUCUAUUGGGAGUUCGCCACGGAUGAUUACGACUUGGCUUUCGGAGUCAACUUCGAAUGGAACAAGUGUCCAGACAUCGAAGUAACACUGGAUGUCAACGACACGGACACAGAGGAGGAGGAUGACUUCUGGGCAGAUGACGAGCACCUGACGGACGUUAACGACAUCGAAGCACCGAAGAAGGACAAACAGAAGGAAGAGCCUCCGACGUCCGUUAUCGUGCCCGUCUACCGCAAGAACUCGCAUGAAGAAGUCAUCAUCGGAUCUCACCGUUACCCAGGAAGAGGAACCUAUCUGUUGAAGUUCGACAAUUCAUAUUCGUUUUUCCGCACCAAAAUCGUGUACUAUCGAUGCUUUUAUGGACAGUGAAGCCGCUGGAUGAGCUUCUCGCGAUUUCCGCGACGCUUUCCGCACGAAACCAAGAGCGAAUUCCGUACAUGACUGCAAGUAUUGAGAGGUCCCGAAUCCGUCCCCCGUAAUGCCUCGAACUAUGCGGACGUCUCGAGCAUGAGAUCUUGAUUCGCCGAGAAUCGCACUGGUUCAAGUCUUAUA